UCUACGUCUCCAGAUACUCCUCCUCCUCCUCUUCCUCUUCUUUUCUCCGUCCUCCAUCACCUCUUCCUCUCCUCCUCUCGGUUCUUCUGUCCAUUUUUCGUUUUUCUUCAGUUUAUCAUCAUGGAGAGCUGUUUGCUGAUCUUCUGGGAUGGGCAGAGCAGCUCUCUAAAAUGGAUCUGAAGCCCUGAGACCUGUUACUUCUCUACUACUAUACAGAAAAAAACACUUGAAGAUUACUGAAGGCUCAUUCUUCAAGAGGAACUACAACAUCCACAGGAACUCCAUAUAGUAUUGAAGAAAUACCCACUCUGCUGCUACAAAAGGAACAGAAAUUUACAAUUUUAACUACAUCAUCUAAAGUUCUUAGACGCCCACACUUAAAAAAAAAGCAGAAACAAAAGAACCUGGAAAACUGGAUCAUCAGAGUGGACCAGAACCAACCUAGACGCUUGUCAGAUUUUGAGAUCCGCAACAAGCCGGAAGAGAUCAGUGGAAAUUGGUAAAGGCCUGUGGAAAAGUUUGAUGGGACUGCUGACAAUAGCCACAUGCCUCUGAGUCCGACCGCUGACACCAAACAUGAUCGCCUGCGGCAACAGGCGGUUACUAACGGCAACCCAACAGGCUCUGCUGUCGCCAGGGAUGAUGACGGGGAGGACACACUCUCUGGAAACAGCAUUGUGGUCCGAAUCGGGAUCCCGGACCUGCAGCAGACGAAGUGUUUGCGGUUGGACCCAGAGUUACCAGUUUGGACCAGUAAGCAGAGGGUUCUGGUGACGUUGACUCAGUCUCUGUCGGAUGUUUUGAACUAUGGUCUCUUCCAGCCGGCGUUCAACGGCCGAGCCGGAAAGUUUCUGGACGAGGAGCGCCUGCUGAAGGAGUAUCCUCUGCCCCCCAUCACUCCCAUCCCGUACCUGGAGUUUCGUUAUAAGAGGAGAGUUUACACACAGAGCUACGUAGACGACAAACAGCUGGCGAAGCUGCACACGAAGGCCAAUCUGAAGCGAUUUAUGGAACAUGUUCAUCAGAAGAAUGCGGAGAAAGUGGCCAAAUGGCUGGAGAAAGGUCUGGACCCCAACUUCCACGACUCAGACAGCGGAGAGUGUCCUCUGACUCUGGCCGUCCAGCUGGAGGACAGCUGUGAGCUCAUAAAGGUCCUUCGUAGUGGAGGAGCUCACCUGGACUUCAGGACCAGAGACGGGAUCACGGCUCUGCACCGGGCCGUCCUCUGCAGGAACAGCGCCGCGCUCACGACUCUACUGGACCUCGGAGCGUCUCCAGAUUACAAGGACAGCAGAGGUCUCACUCCGCUCUACCACUCUGCCAUGGUGGGUGGCGCCCCCUACUGUUGCGAGCUGCUGCUGCAGGACCACGCUACUAUUGGGAUCACUGAUGAGAACGGGUGGCAGGAAAUCCACCAGGCAUGUCGCUAUGGUAACGUGCAGCACUUGGAGCACCUACUGUUCUAUGGCGCCAACAUGAGUUCCCAGAAUGCCUCAGGAAACACUGCCCUGCACCUGUGCGCCCUGUACAACCAGGACAGCUGCGCCCGGGUUCUGCUGUUCAGAGGAGCCAACAAGGACAUAAAGAACUACAACAACCAGACAGCCUUUCAGGUGGCCAUAAUCGCUGGUAACUUUGAUCUGGCUGAAAUCAUCAAGAUCCACAAAACAUCGGAUGUUGUUCCCUUCAGAGAAACCCCCUCCUAUACCAAGCGCCGCCGGGUCGGCGCCACCAGAACACCGGCUGGAAACGGCCUCUCAUCUCCUCGCUCUCUGAUUCGUUCAGCCAGUGACAACGCCCUGGAAAGCCCCGCCUCCUCCCCAGGCCCCUCCCUUCAGAGCCUGGAGACGCAUCAUGACACGCACACGCACUCACUGAGACGCCACACGCGUCGCCUCAGGUACGCUCAGGUUCACCUGCACGAAGCUCCAGUUAAACCAGCGUCUCUUACUGGUCUGUCGUCCUGCAGCCCGAGUGGGGGAGGUCUUGUGGAGACCAGCCCUCCCUCCUCACCUCCUCCCACUCCACAGAUGAGGAAGAGGAGGCUUUACAGUGCAGUGCCUGGACGCACCUUUAUUGCCACCCGGUCCCACGUGCCCCAGGGGCCCGGAGAAAUCCAGCUGCACCGGGGGGAGAGGGUGAAAGUGCUUUCAAUCGGUGAAGGAGGCUUCUGGGAGGGAACCGUUAAAGGCAGAACUGGGUGGUUUCCUGCUGACUGUGUUGAAGAAGUCCAGAUGAGACAGUACGACCCGCGACUGGAGACGCGAGAGGACCGAACGAAGAGGCUGUUCAGGCACUACACAGUGGGCUCCUACGACAACUACACCUCCUACAGCGACUACGUGAUCGAGGAGAAAACAGCCGUGCUCCAGAAGAGAGAAAGUGAAGGAUUCGGCUUCGUCCUCCGAGGAGCUAAAGCUGAGACGCCCAUCGAGGAGUUCGCUCCCACACCGGCGUUUCCUGCUCUGCAGUACCUGGAGUCAGUGGAUCAAGGAGGCGUGGCUUGGAGGGCGGGGCUAAGAACAGGAGACUUCCUCAUUGAGGUGAACGGGACCGAUGUGGUGAAGGUGGGUCACCGGCAGGUCGUCUCUCUGAUCCGACAGGGAGGAAGCCGGCUGCUGAUGAAAGUCGUCUCAGUUUCCAGAAAAUCGGAAAGCAACCUGAUCAGGAAGAAAGCUCCACCUCCUCCAAAGCGGGCCCCCAGCACCUCGCUGACGCUCCGAUCCAAGUCCAUGACCGCUGACCUGGAGGAGAUAGCCAGGAGGAGACGUUACGAGAAACUGGAUGAGAUGCUGGCCGGAGGUCAACAGGAAGUUAUCCUGAGGGCCCGCCCAUCGGACGACUUCAGAGCGGCGACGGUCAAACAGAGACCGACUAGCCGACGCAUCACGCAGGCAGAGAUCAACUCCCUGUUUGAGCGUCAGGGUCUGGUACCGCCCUCGGCUCCAGAGAAGAGCACGAUGCCUUUACCGAGAGGGAUGUCCAGAACCAAGAGCUUUGGCACACCAGAUGAUGACAGAAUCUCGGCUCUGAUCCAUGAGAGCCGUUUUCCACGGAGCUCCUCUCUGACGGACAGCUCCAUCCCACCUCCUCCUCAGACAGCUCCACCCCCACCUCCUUCUGCCUCCUCCACCUCCUCGCUGUACCUCUUUGACUCCGGCCCACCUCCAUCCUUCCUCCCUCCUCCGCCCCCGGCUCGAGGGGAGGGACUAACCCGCUCCAGCUUCAAGCCGGGGGCGGAGCCACGGCUGCAGGAACUCUCAGAUGCCAGGAGCCACGCCCACGCCGAGCGGCAGAGGAAAGCGAGGUCCAUGAUCAUCCUGCAGGACACGCCCCCACCACCAGCGCUUCAGCCAGACGGCCAUGCCGCUGCCUCCACACACGCACUCCACACCGCCAGUCAGACCUCCACACUGUCCAUCCACAGCACCAGCCCCGCCCUCGGACACUCGCCGCUGUCACGUCGCCGAGGACGACCAAUAGAAAACCCUUAUGCCAACGUGGGACAUCAGGCUCCGCCCAGCAAACCCCAGAGGAGGAAGUCCCCUUUGCUGAAACAACUUCCUGUUGAGGAGCAGGGUCUUGGAAUCAAAGACCACGAUUCGUCCAAAUCCGAUGGAGGUGGACUCAUGAGCCCGAGCAGAGCGGAGCUAUAUCAGCAGCAGGUUCUUUCUGAGCGCGCCCGGGUUCAGGGUCGCCGCUCCUCUCUCUUCCUGUCUGUAGAGGGGUCGGGGUCAGAAUACCAGGCUCCGCCCCUUCUUACUCAGAGCCACUCCAUGGACGACCUCGGAGAGCUCCCACCUCCGGCCCCGGUCCUGUCACCUUCACCGACGCCUCACACCUUCCUCCACCCGCUGACAGGAAAACCUCUAGAUCCAUCGUCUCCACUUGCCUUGGCUCUGGCUGCGAGAGAGCGAGCGCUCACUGCCCGAACGCCGAGUCCAGAACCCCGAAUUAAACACAGCUCCGCCUCCACUACACCUAUUCCCACCCCAGCAGCGAGUCCAGAGACCAGACACAAGCGCACCCCAUUCACCACUCCUCAGAGCAGUCCUGAGCCACGAUCCAAGCGCAUCUCUCCCCAGACGAGCCCUGAGCAGCGAACCAAACAUACGACUCCUCAAACCAGCCCUGAGCUGAGGCAUAAACGAAUCACGCCACCACUGUUUCCUGACGGACAGGUGGAGCGACCCGAGACUGAGGGUGGAGUGACGUCACCUGCUGCCCCCUCCCCUGAACGAUGGAGACCCUCCCCUCUACCAGCACUGGCCAAUGAGAGCCACUCAGCUCUGAUUGACAGACGGAGAAGUCUUACGGUCGGCAGCUCUGAGGAGGAGGGCGGGGCUUAUACUGUGACCCUCCCACCUGCCCUGUUGUCGUCCAGCGAUGAGGAAACCAGGGAGGAGCUGCGCAGAAUUGGUCUGGUGACCCCUCCCCCUGGCUUCGCCACCCCCCCUGCCCCUCCUCCCCCAUCCUCCCUAUCCCUGUUGCCACGGCGAGGAGGAGAGGGAGGAGGGGAGAGUGCCCCGGAGUCCCUAGGGAAACGAGGAGAUGAGGAAGAAGGAGGUGACGAGCGUCUCCAUGACAGCUCCUUGUCCCCCAGUUCACUCCCUCCCUCGAUCACGCUGGCUUCCCCUCCUGCUCCAACCUCUCCUUCCUCCCCACCUGCCACUCACCCAUCUCCCUCAGCCGCCGCAACCUCCCCUUCAGCUCUGAAACCUCGCCUCCGGUCACCAAUCGGUCGGGGCCGCUCUGCGCUGCGGGACCCGCUGCUAAAGCAAUCAUCGGACAGUGAGCUCCUCCCCUCCGCUGCCUCCACUUCCUCACCCUCCUCCCCACUCUGCUGUUCCCCCACCAGCGGCAGCAGCCGGCAGCCACGCUACCUAUUCCAGAGGAGGUCAAAGCUGUGGGGGGGUGGGGACGAAGAGCGUCGUGGUCUGAGCCCCGAGGAAGGUGGAGGACGUCCAGCAGCGCUAGGAGGACAAAGCUCCGGGUCAGCAAUUGAUCUGACAACCCGCUCGGCAUCCGCCCUGGAGCUAAGUGGUCGGGCCGGGUCGGGACUUGAUCUGGCUAAUCGGCUCCAGCUGCUCAACAAAGACAGCCACUCUCUGGGGGAGGAACCAAGUCCACUGGAUCCUGGCCGGAGGUCACCUGUAGGGGGUGCCAGGUUGUUCUCCAGCCUUGGUGAACUUCACACCAUCUCCCAGCGAGGAUACGGCGCCAGCUACACAGUUCGACCAGGAAGUCGCUAUCCCGUCACCCGCCGGAGCCCCUCACCUUCUCCCUCCCCCUCGGAUCGAUCUAUGGGGCUCGGCUCCUCCCCUGCUCCCUGCUCUGAACGGCCCGAUCUGAGCUCGGGUCGAGGUCUGACCAUCCUAAAGUCUUCAAGUCUCAGCCUGCCAUCGGAACCGAAGGAGGUUCGUUUUGUUAUGAGAAGCGCUAGUGCACGAACCAGAUCCCGCUCUCCUUCGCCUUCGCCCCAUGCCUCCCCCUGCCCCUCCCCGGUCCUCAGUGGGCCCCUGUUGGCCCUUCGGCCAUGGAGGCAGCGGCCCCUCAACCUGUGGAAUAAAUACGACGUGGGCGACUGGCUGGAGAGCAUGGGCCUGGCCGAACACCGCCAGCGCUUCCAGGAGCAUGAGAUCGAAGGCUCCCACCUCCCUGCCCUCACCAAGGAGGACUAUGUGGAGCUGGGCGUCACCAGACUGGGACACCGGAUCAACAUCGAGAGGGCUCUCAGACAGUUGCUGGACAGCUCCACUUGACCCCUCACCUCCAACCAAUCACCUCUAGGCAUCGAGAACUCUGACCUCAUGACCCCUGACCCAUCUCUUUAGUCAAAUAUCUUAGCCAUUACAGAAUCUUCCCUUUCGUUGACGCCCAGAUUUCUGAAACGUUUCAUUCCAUCAGCUCUUUAAAUCAACGCAUCACGACUGGUAGCACUAACCUCUGGGUUCAGCUUCUACUUACAUGUCAAACCAUUAAAUUUAGAGCCCUGUUGGCUAAAAUUCACUUCAGAUGUUGGAUAUUACCCAAGAUAUUCCCACAAAAACAAAUGAAAACAAAUAAUCCUGUACCUUAAAUUAUUUGAUAUUUUCCCGAGUCAAGGAAUAAAUGUUGAACAAAAUCUAAAUGUGCAAAAAAUGUAUUGCUGAGUACAAAAGCCAUUAUUGGUAGUUACAUCUUCAACACGUCUUGAAGAUGGGGGGUGAAAAUCACACCAGGCAAUGCUUGGGUCUGAUUUUGACCCAUUCUUCCAGAUCCAGAAGGUUCUUAUGGCCUCUUCUAUGUGCUCAGUACUUUCCAGAGAUUUUCAGUUGGAUUCAGGUCUAGUGAUUUGUUGGGCUAAUCUAGGAGCUUUAUUUUUUGUGUCUGAAAUCACUGCCUUGCUGAAAAAGCCAGCCUGUUUUCUUCUUCACAUUCUUAGUAAGAAUAUUCCGGUACAUUCCUCCAUUCAUAAUAUUUCACCUCCAGCCUUCACUGUUGUGGUGUUUUUGGGGUGAUGUGCAAAGAAACAUGUGCAGAGAUUUCCUAUUAGUUCAACUUUGGUCUCUGACCAGACGUAAUUCUCUCAGUACUCUAUUGGUUUGUCCAAACGUUCUGCAGCAAAUAUUAAACAAGCAACAUGUUUUUCCUUCAGCCGUGGAGUCUUGUGCAGUGAGUGUGCAUAGAGGCCAUGGUGGUUGAGAUCUGCUGAUUCCAGGUCUUUCUGAGGCUCUCUGUGAGUGGUUCUGGGCUCUUCGACAACUCUUCUGAUUAUUCUUUUGGCUCCUCUGACAGAAACCUUGUGAAGAGCCCCUGCCUGAAAAAAUAUGUCUAUAACCAGCACCAUCUGUAUGUUUUGCAACAAAAAGGUUGUAAUAAAGUCUUGAGAAAGCUAUUUGCAUUUACCCACAAUGAGAUGCAAUGCCCUGGUAAUUGGAAAUCUUUCAUAGUCAGCUUUAAACCAGCUAAUAUUUGCACUGAGAGCAGGACUGCUUUCUUAACAGACAGAUUUCAGCUAUUUUCCUGGCUUUCUGCUCUUUAAAACCUGGUGAGAAUAUAUUCAACACAAAAUUUAUAGAUCUGCUCAAUUUGGUUUCUAUAUAUAUAUAUAUAUAUAUAUAUAUAUAUAUAUGAGGAUUAUUUGGGUUGCUACCAACAUCUGGUGUGAAUUUCAUGUCAAAAGCCCAAUUUCCUUUCUAAUUACUGCAAAUAAAAACCACUAGUCCACAAAAAUCUAUAUAUCUCGUAUAUUUACUGAGAAAAACGUUGACAUGUUCAGGUACUUAUUUACACGAUUGUUUCUCACAUCCAAAAAGGUUGAAAUCUUAACAUUCAGAACUUUACAGGCAAAAUGAUGAGAUGACAAUAAGAUGUAACAUUAUUUCCCAUUCAGGGUCAUGUGCUAAAAAUUGUGAUUAUACCAAAAGUGACUCCAAAUAUGGCUUCUUUAUACAACUAACAACUGCAGUUCCCAGAUUCUUCACGUUUGUCUAAGCAUUUAUUAAUAAAAACCUAAAAGGUGAUUUUUUCCGUUAACUAUCAAACAAGAAGUCUCAGAACCUUGUAGGUCCAAAAUUGAUUUAUUUAACUGCAUUAUCUCAAUGACGACUUUAUUUAUAAAAACAAAUUUAUAGUAAAAUUAAUAAUAUGAAACCAACUAUUUUCGUGGUAACUGAGUUCCAGAGUUUAAUUAAGAGACUGGUCAGAAUAAAACUAGUAAGAUUUUACAAAAUAGUUUAAAAUGAGCUGGACGCAGAGCUCUGCUGCUACUCACAACAAGCGAAGAGGCGCUGAUCAAUGAGCUGAUUAAUGAGACGGGUUCUCCUCCUAGCCAGGUUUAUCUGGAUGAUCCAGGACCUUCUGGGACGUUUUGAAAAACUGGAGAUCAAGUUUUUUUUUUUUUGUCCUUUUCAGAAAGAUUGUGUGAUUCCCCCCCCCCCCCCCCCCCCCAAAUAUCACUCAUAAAGCUUUUGUGUUACUUCAGACAUGAAUUCAUGUGUUAAUGGAGAUCAUUUAGAAUUAAUCAAUAAGUAAUAAUAAUAAUAGCGUGGUGGUGAUGCCGUACAGAGCUUUUAGUAGUCUGGAAACAGAUUUUUAGUUAUGAUUUGACAAUGAGUUGAAUUUCCAGCAGAUAUUUUGGAGUUCAUAAUGAUUUGUCGAUGAGUGUGACUUCGUGCCGAUGUGUAGGUGUGUUUCAGGGAGAGCUGCUGCAGAGCUCCGACCUCUUGGUUUUUAACCUGCUUAUUGAGGGCUUACUGUACACGGUGCUAUCUGUUUAAAGCCAUCUGUACAGACUAUACCUUCCUCCUCCUCUUCAUGCAUCUUCCUCACUCCAAUCAGCCAGAACCCAAUCGAUUAAAACGAGGCCAUAACGUCCUGACGAAGGUCUCACAGGAACAGGCCAUUAAAAGGAGUUUCCUCCCCUGCCAUAUAAGGGAUGAUGUUCCCUGCCAUACGUGGAGUUGCCUCCAGUAAAACAGAAGCCCCAUUAUAUUCAGAUGUUUAUAUGCUUUUUAUAAACCUGCACAGGGAAGAUUUCUGAGCCAAAAGAGGAAAAUUUAACUACAAUUCAGCAACAACUUCUAAAGAAAACGGCACAAGUUUACAGGACGUCUCUGAAGAACCGUAUAUUAACAGGUUUAUGAUGCAGUUCAGAUUAAUAUAUUUUAUUAUAAUACAAACUAUCAUUAAACAGGUGCUGCUGCAUAAACAAACUGAACCACACUAAAAACAUUUCAAUCAUUUCAGCCAGUAUUCAGGAACAGUACAUUACCUAAAUGAAUAUUUAAUAGAGCUAUAAUACAUUAUAUUGUGUAUAUAAUUAUAUUUAAAUAUAAAUAUGUCAUGUCUCAUUUCAGCAGAAAGCUGCGGUGAAAUGUUAAAAUACUGGUAUUGAAUUUUAAGAACACAGUAAAACUACAGUUCUGUAGUAAGGUUCUGAUCCAGUCCACAUUCCUUUACAUUCUCUAGAUUUUCCUGUCAUCUUUCAGCUUGAACUUCAUCAUCAGUUCAAGCUUCUGAUGGAAACAUCUCAGCUGCUGUAAUAAAGCUAAAUAAAUUAGUUCAGUUCCUAUUGUAUAGCUACUUAAUGCUUGUUGCACUUUAUGGCCAAACCUGACCAAGUCGUAAACAAAAGCUCUUAAAGAAACAGUUCACCUUUCUACCAAACUGGUCCCAGUGGUGGCUCCUGAACUGGGUUAGACCACCAGAGUCCCAUAGUUCUUUAAGCUCAUCUUCUGAUACAUGUUCCCUCUAUCAUCCAUCCAUCCAUGUUACCCAGAAAACCAAAACUAAAAUAGAAGGGGCUCCUUGUAGCUUCUUUGGGCGGCGCAUCAGGAGCCAAAGCUCGACCUCCAAACAUACAAAUUUGAGCCAGUAGACGGUUUCAGGAACACAAUUGUUUUGCAGGUUAGCCAGGGUGAUAUUUUCUCAUAGAGCUCAUUGCUUCCAUAUAUUAGGUUUGUGGUUUUGUCUCAGUGCAAUUAGACCAGAAUGCCACCAGGAUAUUUAGGACAAGUAAAACCGUGGAUAAAAUCAACAACAAAUGGAUAAAUUUCAGAACCCAGUGUUGUCAUCUUCCUGAAAACACGACAGGGAGAAAAAUCCAAACUCAUCUGGACCUGAAAAAAAUGAAUAAAAUUCUAGAUUUUUCCACACAGAAGGAACCUUGUAAGUCCAGUAAAAAUGUUCGUCUGAAGCUGAAUCAUUUGUAAAUUUAGUUAAAAAUUUGCUGAACAGUAUUUCAGUGUCAGUAUUCAGUCGAGGAACAUGCUGCUGCUCCAGGUUCUUUGCUCUGAAUCAGACGUUUUUGGUGAUGAUCUUAGAACCAGAACUGGAACAAGCUUAGAGGGACCCAGUAACCCCCCACCCACCCGAAGCACAAUCAAUCGCUCAGUGCCUGUUACCAUGACAACACAUCUCAGUCCUCUUGAAACCUGCCGAGCUACAAUCGUGAUCCCAAAGUUGUACAAAGUGAAAGUUUUAUAAAAACAGUCUAAUAUCAGCACAUUACAGGUCCUUCUCAAAAUAUUAGCAUAUUGUGAUAAAGUUAAUUAUUUUCCGUAAUGUCAUGAUGAAAAUUUAACAUUCAUAUAUUUUAGAUUCAUUGCACACUAACUUAAA